ACAAGUGAACGAAGCCAAUGAAUUUUUAUGUUACAUGAUCAGAAGAUGAUGUUCGGUCUGUAGCCAUGUCGCAAGCAAUGGAUAAAAAACGUAAAUAUAACGAUAGUUAUAAUAACGUCAGCGUAAGGAGUGGAUCCACAUUAAAGUAUCGAGCAGGAGGGUCUGGAAUACAUCGACCAUUGAAAAAGUCAAGAACAGAAUGUAUACCAGGAGCGGAAUAUAAAGCAUCAAAGGCUGGAGGUGAUGUUAAAAGGAAAGGAAAACCAAAUCCAUAUGCUUAUGUACCUUUGUCAAGAGCAGCAUUAAACAAAAGGUAAAUAAUGAUACCAUGAAUUUUGAUUUAAAUCGAAGAUACGCAUUGAAUUGAUUCAUUUUUAUCUUUAGAAAAAAGAAGAAAAAUGCGA